AAUGUGGAGGGCCCAGACUAUAGACCUUCAUCAAAUAUUUGGAAUCUCACUAUCCACUGCCAUGAUAGUUGUUACGAGGCUAUUGAGAAAAUGAAAUGCUAUGAGAGUAGUCUAUCUCCAAGACUUUCUUUCUUGUGUCGAAAUAAAGAAAUGAAAUUGAAGUUUGAAGACGAUAUUGAAUUUAAUAUUACACGUGGUGAUUGGAAAGCUACUUCACAGCUACCGGUAGUAGCUGCUUCUCGAUUUUGGCACAAAUGGAUAUGCUUGGACAAUAAAUUUGACAUAACUGUGGAGUUUGGGCAUGGUGAUGAGCAUCGUACAAACGAGUGUAUUGUAGAUAUUAGCCAGGGUGAUCAAACGGUUGCACUGGUAAUGUUUCCUUGUCUUGUUUCGGACAGUCCAGAAAACAGAGUAUCAGAGACGGAUGAUUCAGCGGCACGUCCAUCUGUGCUCACAGCUGCUAGUGCUGAUGAGAAUGUGACAAGGACUGAGUUACAUAAUCUUGCCAAGGCCAUACAAAGCUGUUGGGACGAGUUUGCUUUGGAUUUAGAUCCAGAACACUUUACAGUUUUAGGUGAGAUUGCCACCAUAAAACGUCAGCAGACUUCUUCUCUUCUUCAAGCUCAUGCCAUUUUGGAGAGUUGGCAUAGUAACCUUGAUAAUAAUGCAUGCCGUCGAUUGUUGAUCGAAGCAUUGAUUACGAGAGGACAAAGAAAACAGACGAAUGAAGUGUUUGUAGCAGAUGUAGUGCACAGGUGUAGCUCUGACAGUGAAAGUAAAAAAGCAAGUGACAGAAGGGACUGAUGAAUGUAGAGUUUACAUGCUCAUUUAGUAGGCAUGUAGUUGUAUUAGAAUGAAAUUUGUUCAUAUUUCGGUUUGGUAAGAUUUUGUGCUUACUGUAUGAAGAACGUUUUGUGUAGUAGUUGUAGAGGUUUUAGACAAGCAUUUAUGAAAUAUUUUUUAUAUUUUUAUUUGGUAUAUAUAAUCUACAUUGUCA